AGCUACAAGAACAGCUGCUGGCAGGACUAAAGAGUCUGCCCAUGCUUCACUUCUGGUGCGUCGCAACUUCAUCUCUGCGCAAGUGUCACAUAGUGUACCGGUUGCACUUGGGUUUACGCACACUGUGUGAGCUGUUUUGCUAUACGUGCUGUAUAAAUAUUAAUCUCCACCCAAUAGCUGGUGAUCAGAGAGUCUAUUUGGAGGGCAAAGUGGCUGAGGCUGAAAAGGCGCUGGAGGAAUCCGACUUUCGGCAUGUUGAGAUGCUGAAAGACCUCGAAACUAGUCAGCAGAGUUAUGAGAGAGAGGCUGAGAAGCAUCAGAAUGAGUUCGGUCCUUGGGCUUUGGUUCUUGGGCUUUUGGUCCUUGGGCUUUGGUCUUUGGGCUUUGAUCCUUGGGCUUUGGUCUUUGGGCUUUGGUCCUUGGGCUUUGGUUCUUGGGCUUUGGUUCUUGGGCUUUUGGUCCUUGGGCUUUAG